AUGAACAAUAAAAACCAUAAUAAAUUGGCGAACGAAAAUCCGACUAAUUCCACUAACACCACUUCUAUUCCUCGCUCUGAUCAUAAUAUUACAACCACCACAAAUCCUUGGACAAGUACAAUCACACCACCAUUAGCCAAUACUCUUCUCGCCGUAUAUGUUCGAAUUCGGCGAAAAAAACACCGACAACAAUUACUAUCAUCUGCAAUAUCUGUCGCGGAAGGAGGAAUCUCAGCACCAGAAACAGGAAUGUCAGAAUCUUAUCAAAAUCAACAACCAACAUCUACUCCUUCUCCAACACCUCUUCCACCACCACAGCCGUUACCGUCACCCCCGUCUCCUCUAUCCACAAUCGAUUCAUUUUCGACACGCGGAUCAGGAUCACUCUCUAGUCCUCGUUAUCAAGUCUCCACGCUACAGAUCGAACCAAUGACACGACGGGUUACCUUGAAUCUUGGCGAGAGAGGAAGAAAUAUCGUCUUGAGAAACACUGAUGGUUCUGGCACUGAUCACGUAGUUAAUGUCAUUUCGAUACAAGAAGAGGACGAGAAUGAGAGUGACGGGUUGUCGAGUUCUUUCAAGAAAAAAGUCAUGUUUUGGCGAGGACCAUGA